CACGUAACUCUUCAAAUGUGCAACUAAUCACAAGACAUUCAAUGUAUUUUAUGGUAUAAUUAAAUACCAGUCUCUUGGGGGGUCAUUCUGUGGAAUUUUUUUCAAUCUUUGUUUAAUGAAUUGUUUUUCAUUCUUUUUCCGAACAGUAGCAGGGACUAUAUCACUCAUGAUGGACAGAAUCAUCUUGACAAAUAGCUAUAAUAGCUCAUACUCCUUUGCUGACUAGGAACUUUUACUUUACUGUAGAGUACAAGCGGAUAGUUUUUAUUACUGCUAGAACGGAUAGUUUUUCUUACUGCUAGAAGAAACCAUAUCUAACAAUGAAAAACAAAAAAUAUUGCUACCACGAAAUUCUAAUACAAAAGCGAGUGUUAGUUGUAAUCAAACUAUUCAUCAUUAGAAAAACUCCAAGCUACUAUACAAUUGAGAUGUGCUUGUUACACUCAUUCUCUUACAAGAACCCACCAAGCAUUAACUCUAUACAAGCAACUAUCCAAAAAACCUUCUUCUCAAAUCAUUUUACGUUUCACAUUCAAUAAAAUAAAUUAUCAUGUACAUAUCAUUGAACAAUGCAUAAUCAAGUAUGAGACGCAUAUGAUUCGUUGUUGUAACAAAUAUUCUGAUCUAUAACACUUAAGACCAAAUCAAAAGCUAUCCAAACUCCAUGGAAAUUUCAAUAUUCCAGAAAACAAAAUUUAUUAAUCGGAGGAAACAAAAUACAAAUUCGAAACCAUGGAGUGACAGACGUAAUUGACAGGUGAAGAGAUGGUGGUUCUUGUCGUCGGAGCGUUUGACAGCGGAGAUAACAAGAGGCCCUCCCACUGGCAGAGUCGACACUACUUGAAGGAGAAGAUUAAACUGCCGGCAAUUUUAAAAAUUAACAUCUUCGACGAAAUAAUGGUUUUGUUUUCAGAAUGUUUUUCUUAAUCCGGUCGACGACCGCUAGGGUUUCAAUUAUUUUUCACCUUUUAAUUUUUUAUUUACUAAGGAAUUAAAUGAAAAAUGGCAAAAUUGUAGUAAAGAAGAACUAUUAGGGUUACUUGGUCUUUAUGUACAUAUGUUAGAUUAUAUUGAUUACACAAAGUUAAACUAGUAAUUAAGUAAAAUAUUAGAGUUAAUCUGAGUAAUUUUUUUUAUAACAAUUUCCCUUUUUCCAAUUUUUGCGUCAUUAUUAAUUUGCUGUGGUAAUUAUAAAAUCUGAUUUUACUUUCACAAAAAUUUAACAGAAUAAUAAAGUGUUUUUAGUUUAAGUUGAAUUUAACUUCAGUCCUAGGUUUUGAUGAUGAACAGCAAAUUUGGUGUCAUGUUUAUACAAUUAUCAAAAAGAUUUAUAACUUACGCAACAAUCUCAUUGUAUUGCAUGGUAGUUACAAUUUCGUUAGAAUUAUUUAUUUUUAUUUUUAUUUUUUUUGCUAAAAGCUAGAAUUAAAAAGUUUGCCCUUUGCUUUCUCAUUUAGACAGUUUGUGAGUUGGUUGAAUUUGAUUAUAACUAUUGGAAAUAUCAACAGUACACUGUUUCCUUUUUUUUUGACAACCAAACAAAUUGUUAAUUAGUUCAUAUCAUGAUGUUAUCGUAACAUGUACAUGAAGUAAUCAUUCAAAAAAAAAAAAGUUGUAUUCACAGUUUGUCGAUUUUCACAGCAGAAACAUUUAAAAUAUUCAUAGACGUACACGUUUCUUUGAAUUAACUCACAAUAAGAGUUUUGAACUCUUGGAUAACUCAUUUAUAACAAUUGAUACUAAAAGUAUCAUCAACUAUGUCAGAUCUCCAAUGAAGUCUUCGUGGGGUUUGAGUAUCAAGAUGAAGUUUAUGAUAACAGUCUUCGCUUGCUUAGUACUCUGGUCGGUGAUGUUAGUAUCAUUCUCAGACCUCUUCACACACCAGCUUCUUAGCGCUAUAGGCAACGUGGAUUCAAAAGAAGCUAAGGAUAAACUAUUAAGAUGGAUUUUAACCGCUGAUUUCGAUGAGGAUUCUUGCUUGAGUAGGCAUCAGUCUUCCUUGUAUCGGAAGCCUUCUCCACACAAGCCUUCUGAAUACCUAAUCUCUAAGCUAAGAAGCUAUGAGGUACUUCACAGGCGUUGCGGUCCAGGAACAAGAGCUUACAAGGAAGCAACAAAGAAUCUUAUUGGUCAUGAUGAUGAGAAUUAUGCAAAUAUAUCUGUUGGUGAAUGCAGAUACAUUGUGUGGGUCGCGGCUUUCGGGCUUGGAAACAGAAUACUCACUCUUGCUUCUGUGUUCCUCCACGCGCUCUUGACAGACAGAGUCGUUCUUGUUGAUCAAAGCAAAGAUAUGAGUGAUCUCUUCUGCGAGCCGUUUCCAGGCACUUCAUGGUUACUCCCACAUGACUUUCCAUUAAUGGGUCAGAUAGGCAGAUACAACAUGGGAUACUCUCGUUGUUAUGGAACAAUGUUGCGUAAUCAUGCCAUUAACUCAACUUCAGUCCCUCCGCAUCUAUAUCUUCAUAUCCUACAUGACUCAAGGGAUGUAGAUAAGAUGUUCUUCUGCCCUAUGGAUCAAACACUGAUCGAUAAAGUCCCUUGGUUGAUUGUCAAAGCCAAUGUGUACUUUGUCCCAUCUCUGUGGUUUAAUCCAAACUUCCAUACCGAACUAAUCAAACUAUUCCCACAGAAAGAAACCGUCUUCUACCACUUAGCUGGAUAUCUUUUUCACCCGACGAAUCAAGUUUGGGGUAUGGUCACAAGAUCCUACGACGCUUACUUAUCAAGAGCAGACCAAACACUAGGGAUCCAAGUACGUGUUUUCACCAGACGAGCUGGUUAUGUCCAGCACGUGAUGGACCAGAUCGUUGCAUGCACACAAAGAGAGAAACUGUUGCCUGAACUAGCUACACCGGUCAUUAAUGCAUCAAGAAGCAAGAAACUUAACGCUGUUCUUGUCACAUCUCUGAAUCCAGAGUACUCCAACAACCUAAAGAACAUGUAUUGGGAAAGACCAACUUCUACAGGAGACCUUGUACAAGUUUAUCAGCCAAGUGGAGAAAGGUUUCAGCAAACAGACAAGAAGCUACACGACCAAAAGGCGCUAGCCGAGAUCUAUCUUUUGAGUUUAACUGAUAACAUUGUCACAAGCGCAGGGUCUACGUUUGGAUAUGUUGCUCAUAGUCUUGGAGGGUUAAAGCCUUGGUUACUCUAUCGGCCAUUUAAAGGCAGAGUUCCUGAUCCACCAUGUGUUCUUGCUGUAUCCAUGGAGCCUUGUUACAUUACUUCUCCUAGUCAUGGAUGUGAGAACAAAAAGAGAAUUGACUUGGCGACAGUCUUUCCUUUUGUAAGACAUUGUGAGGAUACUAGGCAUGAUGGGGUUAAACUAUUUGAUGAUACCAAAGAUGAGUUAUAAAUCUUAUCCUGUUGAAACAAAUAGUUUUUUUUUAUGAAUAUUGAUUGUAUGUAAAGGCUACUGAUCAUCAUAUGCACAAGUAAAC